AUGGGCGGGUGUUUUCACGCUUAUGCAAGCAGAGAUGGGCGGAAAAGUAGACACAAAGAUAAGUACACAGAGGGCUCGGCUGUGUUGGCGAGCAACAACAGAGGUGGUGGCAGUGACAGCCGCGGCAUAUUACCCGGCGGGCGUAUACGCUCCAGCACAGUGCAGGCAUGGGGAUCGCUGGUUGCAACGCCCCACUGUGUCGCCGGUUUUGUCGCGGGGCGUGUAGAUGCUCGGGAAACGAUGGUCAUGGCCUGGGAACGCGGGACCUGGAGGCAGGUUUCGCGUAUAAUCGCGGCGCUCGAGCGUGCUGGAUGA